CCAAUGGAGUACCCAUCGGUCGGUUUGCUGUCAGCGCUGCUGCUGCUAACAGCACCACUCCCCGGCGCCAGCAUCGUCACCCCGUACCAUCCCGUGCCGGAAUGUGCCGCCGAUGCACCGUUUAUUGUGCCCAACUUUAAGGCAAACUGGUUCAAGGCGGUCGAGUACUGCCACUAUCUCGGCCGGUCGCUGGUAACGGUCGCGACGGAGCAACGCCAGCAGACCCUCGACCAGCUGCUGGACGAUGGGGCGCACCAGCCGCGCGAUCAGUCCUUCUGGUGCGGGGCGAACGAUCUGGCCGACGCCGGCAGCUUCCACUGGCAUCUGACCGGCCGCCCGGUCGCCCUCGGCUGGAGCAACUGGGCGGACGAGCGGCACCGGCGCGAACCGGCCGACGCGGAGGACGCGUACAAGGUGCGGUGCGUGUCGCUGGCCCGCUCGGCCGACGUCGUCGAGGAGCUGCAGCAGCAGCAGCAGGAGGGCGAGGGUGGAGCAGCAGCAGCACCACCGCCACCCUUCUCGUGGAUCUGGACGGUGGCCAACUGCUGGAGGGAGCUGUACUUCAUCUGCGAGCGUACCGGCGUGUCGAGCUGCCGGUAGUCUGCUCCCCUCUUUCCUGCCCCACCGAACAGAUUGGCCCACUUCUGGAUUAUUGCCCAACUACGGUCCCUUCCCACAGCCCGCUUGCAGUGCUAAUAAUCUUAAUGAAUUCAUCUAAUUAAUAUA